AUGGCAGCAGCACUGCUCAGUUUUCUCUUCAAGAAGAAAGAGUGUGAGACUGAAACCGUUGAGCCGGAGUUCAGGGAGGACACGAGGCUGCUCUACUUCACGGCUGAGUUCCAAUCCCUUGGGGACAUGACCAAAGACAACCACCUGAGACUGGAGGAGUUCACAAGACUAAUGCUGUUGCUAGGAUACCCCAGCGACGAGGAGGAGGUUGAGAAAAUAUGGACUUCCAUUGGCCUGCCUGACGGUGGCCUCAUGACCUUAGACGAUUACCUGAAGUUGAUGUCAAACGAGGAAAUCAGAUCAAAGACCGAUACCUGGCGCAAGUUGUUUGCUAAGUUCGACACUAAUGGAAACGGAUUCGCCAGUAAAUCGGAGGUGGUGACUGGACUCCAAGAGAUCGGUAUUGACAUCACACCGACUCUACGCGCCAAGAUCGAAGGCAUGGACACCAACAAAGAUGGCAACAUUUCUUACGCUGAAUUUUUGAAAAUACAACUGAGGCAAGAUUGA